GAAGACGUAGUCCGUGAUGGAGAGUCAUUCGGAUAGCAUAAAAGAUCCAAUUUAUUAUCCUCCAAUGCAAGAAGUCACAGAACGAAACGGAAUAAUGGCGGAAGCUGAAGCAAUUGAUAGAAGCAACUCUGCUGGUAGUCAAGAUCUUGGUCUAGAAGAAAGUAACAAGUUGAAAGUGCCGCGCAAAUUUAUUGCUAAUUGGCGACAAGCUUGUGAUCGUACACGCGACAGGACCAAAGAUUUAUUAAAGAGAUGGCGGACUGUUUCGACCAAUGUUGAUGGAAUCGUUAGUGUUCCAGUUUGCAACAAGCAAUUGGAACAUCCUAGUUGGAGCGUACACGUGUGGACAACUUGGGUGAGUCGAUAUCCAAGCGACGAAAAUGUAAUGGCUAUAGAACAAGUCGGUAAGGGAGGAAAGUUAAAAGAUCUGGCCCCUAUUCAACGUGACAAGUUUUCACAUUUUUUCACUUACCUCUUGGACCACGAUAAAGAUGGUUUUAUUAAUCGAAAAGAUUUUCGGUUGCUUUCAGAGCGACUGAGAAGAUUUGCGGAUUGGUCAUGGAAUGGUCCUGAAUACUUACGAUUAGUAGAAGCUGAGCAAGGAUUGGCGGAUUUAAUCUUUCGAGAGAAGAAGUACGAGGGUGACCGAGCAAGAAACAUUAGCCUGGAGGAGUGGUUGGGUUGGUGGGCACAUGUGGUCGCACCAAUUGGAGGUGCAACCUAUAGCGACAUUCCAUUUUGGUUAAAAAUUUUGCCACGAAUAUUUUUCCUCGCUAUUAAUAGCUCCGUGAAUGGAAUGAUCUCAAAAAAGGAGCUCGGAUCAUUUUACGGAUCAGUCGUUGGUCUAGAUUCUGACAGGAUCUCCAAAUAUCUGGAUAUGGCGUACGAUUCUCUAACUUCGAAUGGGGAUCAUCCUCUCGGUUGGCCGCAGUAUCAACUCAUAUUCGCCAACUUUUUAUUUGGUCGCGGUCCAUUUGGGCCAGGAGAACAUUUUCUCGGUAUGACAGAUUCCUGCAUAAUUCGGGACAACAAUAUACCAUUCCCGAUCGAUUAUUCCGCGAUGAAUACACCUAAAGACAAAUUAGAGGUAUACAGGCCACAUUGUAAGAGUAGUCGACGUAGUGUGGUAGUUUAAAAAGUAACAAUGCAUUUAAUAAACAAUAGGCGAGAACAGUGUCAGUAACAUGUUACAAGAAGAAAUAGAUAUGGGUAUAUAAAAAUGACUAUACGUACAAAUAUACCGAUAUAUUCAGUGUAUUCGGUAAUUUAUUUUAUAGUAUAAGA